UCAAACGAAUUACGUAUGACACGAACCAUGCUAAAUUUAAUCUCGGUACCGUACAGUCUCCGAAGUGGAGACUCUCGUCUCAGUAAACAGAAACAAGACUCUUGACCCAGAAGGUGGUGCCGGCAAGGAUUAAAUAAUGGCAUCAAAAGAUGGAUAUAUGUUAAGUGGAAUAUGCCCUGAUAAACAGUGCCAGACAAAACUAUUUUUUCCUCUUUAUGCUUCAAGUAUAGAAUGUACACAGUGUGGUCAGCAUCAUGAACGAUCUGUAUUACAACAAGUUCAAGAAGUUUCAAAUCCAGAAAUUGCUCUGCAAAGGAUGUUAAAAAAUGUAAUUGUUAGUACUGUACCUAAGAAAGGUGCUGAAAUGGUUAAAGUAUUAGGACUCUCAAAUUAUCAUUGUAAACUUUUAUCACCUUUGUUAACAGUUUAUGGAAUGAAUAAAAGUACUGGAAAAGCAAAACUACUUAGUGAUAUGAAUCAAGGAAAAUAUUUUGAUUGUAGUGUUUUAGGGAAUAGAACAUUUCUAAUUGAUCCAGAACACAUAUCUAUUGUUGGUUAUGGAAGAGAUAUUUCAGGAAGUGUUCAGUAUUUGUCUGGAACUUUGGAAUUGGUUAAAGAUUAUAAUGAUGGAGAAGAAAGAUUGAUUCCAGUUCAUGCUGAUGGAGAUGGACAUUGUUUAGUUCAUGCAAUAUCUAGGGCUUUAAUUGGAAGAGAACUUUUUUGGCAUCCAUUGAGAUGCAAUUUAAAGAGGCAUUUUGAAGAAAACUUACAAAAAUAUAAGGAACUGUUAAAAGAAUUUAUAGAUGAGAGAGAAUGGGAUGCUAUUAUAGCAGAGUGUGACCCUGAUUUUGUACCAUCUGAUGGAGAAUUACUAGGAUUAAGAAAUAUACACAUUUUUGGAUUAGCAAAUGUUCUUAAACGUCCAAUUAUAUUAUUAGAUUCUUUAGCUGGAAUGCAAAGCUUAGGAGAUUACUCAGGUCUCUUUCUUCCUAGUUUAGUAAAACCUGAAGAAUGUAGGGAUAAAAAUCAAGUUUUAAAUAAACCUCUUUGUAUUGCUUGGAAUAGUUCUGGAAGGAAUCAUUAUAUCCCUCUUGUAGGAAUUAAAGGAAAAAUACUUCCAAAAUUACCUCGUCAUUUGAUUCCUAAAGUUUGGGGUGUUCCUCAAAAUUUAAUUGAUAAAUACAUGGAAUUUGAUGAUUGUGGCUGUUGUAUUAUUGGUGGUGAAAGAACUCUAGGUGAUCAAUAUAUAUUAAGAUUAGCCUCUGCAAUGGAAGAAGUUUUUAUGGAAAAAUACAAUGUUCAUCCAGCUUUAGUGGCAGAUGUACAUCAUUAUGCAUAUCAAAGAACUGGUAUUGUUGGUGCAAAACCACAAGUUGUAAUACAAGCCACACAACAAGCCGUACAAGAAAAAAGACUAUAUCGUUGUUUAUUAUGUGAUGGUAUUUGUGAACAACAGUGUUCUCAUGAUUGGUUUGUUAAAGGAGGCUCUUUGUAUAAAAUUGCUCUUUCUUCACAUGGACCUCUGCAACCUAAUAAACGUUAUUGUUUUAGUCAUAGAGGUAUUGUUUGUCGCUAUGAUCAAGAGAAAGAUGAACUAGUUCCAGAAACUCCCUUAACUUUAGAUAAAUGUUUAUGGUGUCAUGGUCAACUACUAAGGCUUGUCAAUAAAGAUGGUUCUAUACAAUACAAAAAUGGUGAUAGAACUAAAACACCCAGAAGUUCAACAAAACAUUCAAAUUGUAGUUGUGGUUACAAGCAUUAUUGGAAUGGAAAAGAAUAUGAUAGCAUACCCCAGCAACUUCCUAUAAUAUUAGAAUGGAAUGAUAAAGUCAUACAUGAGAUUGUAACUUGGUUUCAAUAUGAAAGUGAUGCAGCAUUAAAUAGUAAUGUAUAUGAUGUAGCUUCAGAAGUGGUACAGAAACAUUUUCCAGGAGCUUUUGGAAGUGAGAGGUUAAUUCAAAGGGUUGUACAUCAAAUUCUUGAACAAACUAAAGAACAAACAGAUGAUGUAGCUGCUGCUCAGAAUCCAGUACCAUAUGAACAGUCAUCACCAUCUGCAUCUAUCCCACAAAAAAUGAUUAUUUGUGGUACUAAAAUAUUGCAUAAAGAAGAAUUAGGUGCAAGUGAAACUGAAAGGCAAAUUAUGCAUCGUAUGGAACAGUUAUCCUCUACAACUCAGAAGAAAAGAUCAUCUGAAAAGAGUGAACAUGAUCUUGAUGAAAUUUCACCCAAGACUAGUCCAGCCAAAAGUGUACCUAGAAGAGAUAUACCAACUCCUCCUCCUCCUGUUGAUACCCUAUUAUGCUCUCCUAGUACUUCUCUUAAAACAAGCUCUCAUGGUGCUAAAUUUGUGCGUGUUGUAACAUCUGAUGGACGCCAGUCAAAACUAAUUUUGGAUUCAAACAAAAUCACAUUUUCAAAAUUACAAGAUUGGAUAAGGCAAGAAUUUUUAAUUCCACCAGCUCAGCAACGAAUAAAAUAUGGAUUUCCUCCUCAAGAAUUGCAUCCUCCAAGUGAUGGACAGAAAGAUAAAGGAAUUAUUUUGUCACAUGGAGAGAGAAUGAUUGUAGAAGUUUUGCCUGAGAACAAAGAACAGAAAAAUACAGCACAAAGUACAAGUAAUAGUCAAGAUCCUUUAGAUUCUGCAUUACUCUCAUUAUUAAUAACUGCAAAUAUUUCUGGAAGUACAGUUUGGGAAUUUGUUCAGAAACAUCCUCAUUUUUUUGAUUCGGGUGGACUCUUUUAUCGUCAGGCCGAACGGGAUUUAGGUUUAUCAGAUGGAAAGCAUUGUCAUUUACCACUUCUUCCAAAUAAGACUUUCAGGUAUAAUGCUGCUCAGGACAGAUUAGAAUUAUGUUUAGAACCACAUGGACAUUUUCCAGUUACAGAAAAGAUAGACAGUCUCAUUAAAAAGAUUGAAACUGAAAAAAAAAGUGGGGAUAUGUUUAAAUCUGUUGCAAGUGGCGUAAUAAAUGUCGGAUCUAAACAAACGACCGUUCCCACAGCUUUUCAAGGUACAGGACAUGUACUUAGAGCUCCAAUUGAUGGUUUAGCUGAAAAAGAGGAAGAAAAAAUUAUAGGAACUAAUCUAGAGGAUACAGUUGGAGAUAGUUCUGCACUUUCUCUGUUGCCAUCCGAUAGAACAGAUGAAUCAAAUACUUCACAAAAUGAUACAAAGGAGGCGAGAGAUAGUAGUAAAGAAGUUUCAGAACCGAUGGAGACAGACAACCUGUAAUUAAUAAGAAAUAAUUUAAUUCUGUGAUAAAAAGUAAUGUACAUCUAUGUGUAUAUGUAUAUACAGUUAUACAGCCGGAAUAUCUGUAUAAAUAUGCAGUUUUUUCAUUUGUGUAAUAUUAUAAGAAUGAGAAGUCCAUCCUCAAAUAUUUAUAUAUGUAAAAUUUUUUAAGUUCGGACAAUAACGAAUUUUAAAUUGUACAUAAAAUCGAAACAUUCGACGUGGCCGCCCACACCGCGACGGAGGUUUCAAAAAUAAUUUACUACCUUCUAUUGAUUUUUACACUAUUUCCAUUGUAAAGACUGUUUUUCUU